AUGGAAAUAGUGGAUCGAAAUCGUCAUGUGACUAUUAGAACCAUCGCAGAGAAGCUGCAACUAAGCACGGAAACCGUCCAUAGGCAUUUAAAGCCGAAAAAUUUAACAAUAAAACUCGAUUCACUGGUGAUCACAUAUGACAACAUAAAGCGUAAAAGAUCCUGGUCGAAGCACGGCGAGUCGUCUCAAACGGUGGCAAAGUCAGGACUGACGGCUCAGAAGGUGUUGCUGAGUGUAUGGUGGGAUAUCAGAAGAAUUAUCCAUUAUGAAGUGUUGCCUUAUGGCCAAACCAUCAAUUCUGACCUCUACUGUGAACAACUGGAGCGAUUGAAGAUUGCACUUGAACAGAAACGGUCAGCCAUGGUGAAUCGUAAGGGCGUUGUGUUCCAUCAUGACAACGCCAGGCCCCAUAUGUACAUCUUUGGUACGCAAAAUCUACGCGAGCUUUUGUUGGACCGUUGUCGAAGACAACAUUACCAAACAACCUCUAUAUUCUAUAUCUACUACUUUAUAUGA